GGGCCACACCAGGUCUCCCAGAGUCCCCGCCCUCCGGUCGGCGGUCUGGCUGACAGGCCCUAGGCGGGCUGCGCUUGCUUCAGCUGCCAUGUGCUGCCGCCUCUGCCGCGGCCUCCCGCGCUCGUCUCCAUGCUGCUAGGGGCGUCCUGGCUGUGCUCCUCCAAGGCAGCCGCCGCCGCCGAGAAGCGGGCCGCUGAGGAGAGGCGGAGGCGGCAGGCUGCUGGAGGAGGAGGAGGCGGCGGCGGCGGCGGGGGCAACGGCGAGGGACCCCCAGUAGCCGCCGCCGGCCUCGGAGGCAGCAUGGACGAGUCGUCGCUGCUGGACCUGCUGGAGUGCUCCGUGUGCUUGGAGCGCCUGGACACGACGGCCAAGGUGCUGCCCUGCCAGCACACCUUCUGCCGCCGCUGCCUGGAGAGCAUCGUCAGCUCCCGCCACGAGCUGCGCUGCCCCGAGUGCCGCAUCCUGGUGGGCUGCGGCGUGGACGAGCUGCCCGCCAACAUUUUGCUCGUCCGUCUGCUGGACGGCAUCAGGCAGAGGCCCCGCGGCGGCGGCGGAGCAGGAGGCGGCAACGGGGCCCCGGGCAGCCCCACCGCCCACGGCAACGGGGCCACGCCGAGCAGCCACACGGGGGGCAACCCUGCAGCGGCAGCGGGAGGAGGAGGAAACAAUCCCGGCACCGCCGCUCCACCGGGCUGUCACCCCACUGCGGCUGCAGCCACCGGCUCUCCUAGCACAGCCGUCGCCGCUGCAGCCGCCUCAGCCGCCGCCAGCCUGAGGGAACUGGCAGCCGCCAGCCGCAGCGCCCUGCUCAAGAAUUCCUCUCAGCUGCCAUAUGGAAAGGCUCUGUAUGCUUAUGAGGGGAAAGAGCCAGGUGAUCUUAAGUUUAACAAAGGAGACAUUAUUAUAUUGCGACGAAAAGUAGACGAGAAUUGGUAUCACGGUGAACUGAAUGGAAACCAUGGCUUUUUCCCAGCAAGCUACAUCCAGUGUAUCAAGCCACUUCCAUCAGCUCCACCUCAAGGCAAAGCACUUUAUGACUUUGAAAUAAAGGACAAAGAUCAAGACAAGGACUGUCUAACCUUCACUAAGGAUGAAAUACUGACAGUCAUCAGGAGAGUAGACGAUAACUGGGCAGAAGGAAUGCUGGGAGAUAAGAUUGGAAUAUUCCCUAUUCUGUAUGUGGAGCUCAACGAAUCAGCUAAACAGCUUAUAGAGACGGACAAGACCAAUCUAGCUGCUGCAUCUGGCAGUGAUGUCCCUUUGCCUGCUGACAUUAACCUGGCAGUAAAUACAGCCCAUUGCUGUACCCUGAACAGUGCCGGAGCAGUCAGUGCCAUUCAGCGGCAUAUUGAUGGCAAGAAGAACACCAAGAAGCGCCACUCCUUCACGGCUCUCAGUAUGACACACAAAUCCUCCCAGGCCUUGAAUAACAGGCAUUCCAUGGAGAUUAGCGCCCCUGUCCUGAUAAGCUCGAGCGACCCCCGUGCUGCUGCCAGAAUUGGAGAUGUGGCUCAUCUCUCAUCCAGUGCUCCAGUACAGGAGUCACCAUUAGCUGGAUCUGCAAUCAUGGUUGGACCCAGAGCAAGCACCAUCAGUGGAGAUCAAGUGACACCACCAAAGGUCCAGCUACCUCUAAAUAUUUACCUGGCAUUGUAUGCAUAUAAGCCCCAGAAGACUGAUGAACUGGAGCUUCGCAAGGGUGAAAUGUACCGCGUCAUUGAGAAGUGUCAGGAUGGCUGGUUCAAAGGGACCUCUUUGAGAAAUGGCAUGUCUGGAGUCUUUCCAGGCAAUUAUGUAACUCCCGUUUCCAGAGUUCCUGCAGGAGCUGGUCAGCCUAGGAAUCUAGUAGGAGGGUCUCCAACAGCAAAAGGCUCUCUUGGAGCUGUUCACACAGGAGGCCCAGCUCUUAUGAAUUCUGCUACUGUUACCAGACCUGCCGUCCCAAUAACAACCCCUCCCGUUCAACCCCAACUGCCAACAGCCUCCCCACAGAUGAAUAGCUGCUCGAGGUAUUCUUCUCAGCCCACUGUCAUCCAGGCUCGCAGUUCUGCACAAAUGGUUGUCCACCCUUCUGUUCAGGCACAAGACCGGCCCACAGCAACAGUCUCACCGCUGAGAAACCAGAACUCUCCAUCACGUCUCCCAGCAACUGUGGUCAGGCCACACUCUGUGGUGUCUCCACAGCACAUCCACCACUCCCCUGUGCAUGUCAUCCCAGGAGCACAGUGUGCCAGACCCAUGAUUCCCCUGACUUCAGCAGCUGCAGCAGUUACGCCUCCCAACGUCACUGCUGCCAGUCUGAAUGGAGAUGCAGGAGCUGGGCCUAUCAGCAGCUUGGCAACUUGCAGCCCAACCAACACAGCCUGUAAAGCAGAGGAAAGGAAAAAUGAAAAGAAAGAAAAGAAAAGCGGACUUUUGAAACUUCUAGCAGGAGCAUCAACAAAAAAGAAAUCCCGUUCUCCUCCAUCAAUGUCCCCGACGCAUGACCCCCUGUCAGUGGUGGAGGGAAUGCUGCAGGGGGCAAUAGGACCUGAACUGACUUCUCUCUCUAGCCAUGGAAGGGCAGGUUCAUGCCCCAUCGAAAGUGAAAUGCAAGGAGCAAUGGAGAUGGAACCUCUGCACAGAAAAACAGGCUCCUUGGAUUUGAAUUUUUCUAUCCCUUCUCCCAUAAGGCAGCCGCCUCUUUCAAUGGCAGCCAUCCGUCCAGAGCCUAAGCCAUUGUCUCGAGAAAGGUAUCGUGUUGUGGUUCCAUAUCCCCCUCAAAGUGAAGCUGAGAUUGAACUGAAAGAAGGCGACAUUGUGUUUGUCCAUAAGAAAAGAGAAGACGGCUGGUAUAAAGGGACAUUACAGCGAAACGGCAGGUCAGGCUUAUUCCCGGGAAGUUUCGUGGAGAGCUUUUGAGGGCCUGCACUCUGCGCUCUCUGGACUGGAGAAACCUUUUAGAGGAAAUUCCAUAGCACAAAAAGCAACAGCAAGGAGACACUUUCCUACUAUCCACUGCCAUAAUAAUAACUGUAAUUAUUGUUCCCAAAGACCUCCCACCCCAGCUCUUUGAUAUUCAGACCCAGGAAUGGGGUCUCUUGCUGUGCUGUCCAUACUGCAGUAUGUUGGAGCAGUGCCUUCUAUUUGGAAUCAAAGGCCGAGAGGACAUGCGUUUGGGUUGCAUCUAAAACUCAAACCCAGCCAUCGCUAUACUUCAUGUAAAUUAUAAAGAAAAUAUGUUUUUAAAAAAAGAAA